AUGGUAUUGCCCAACUCACCCAUGCCAAUGGUUGAAGAUGUGUACGUGCAGUUUAUGAGAAAGUAUUUUCCUCAGAGAUCGACAGGAUGUCAGAAUAGGCUGGUUCUCCCCCGUACAACACAGAUCGUGAUCGAGGAUGGAUUUGAAGGGCUCGUUCAUCGCCUGUGCGAACCUUGGGAUCUUCAUGGCCUGUCCACCAAGCGGACGGGUCAAUCAGUGUGCUGGCCCCAGGAGUGUGAGAUCAUUAAGGAGCGGAUUCGACACAUUGUGGGGAUUCCAUUAGAACCAGAACCUCUCUACACUCCAUCAGGACUGGAAGAAACACCAACCUGCACAGAUGCUGAGGAAGGUGAAGUGGUUUACAUCACCAAUAAAGCCAGCUCAAAACACUUCACCUUCUCCCGUGUGGGGGGCAGUGCUCAGCCCCUGACCCAGGCAGCCGUUAACCUCAACAGGCAGGACAACACGCUGAUAUUUGAGGCUCGCUUUGAGUGUGGAAAUUUGCAGAAGGUUGUGAAAGUGGGUGAGCGUGACUACAACCUGACACUGCACACAGACCUCUACACGGCCAGGCAUACGCAGUGGUUCUACUUCCAGGUGCAGAACACCCGCAAGGCGGUGCCGUACCGCUUCACUAUCGUCAACCUGACAAAGUCGAGCAGCCUGUACAACAGGGGCAUGAAGCCCCUCCUGUACUCCAGCAAGGAUGCCAGCGAGGGCCGCCUUGGCUGGCGCAGGGUUGGCACCCACAUCAGGUACUACAGGAGUACGUGCAGGGGUGAAGGGCGCCAGUUCUAUUCCCUCACCUGGACCUUCCAGUUCCCUCAUGACUCAGACACCUGCUACUUUGCCCACUGCUACCCCUACAGUUACUCUGACCUCCAGGACUACCUGCUCGAUGUGGCCACCGAUCCGGUCAAAUCCAGCUACUGCAAGACCCGGGUCCUCUGCCGCUCGCUGGCCGGCAAUAUGGUCUACCUGCUGACGGUGACCAACCCUUCCGAGAACCCCGAGGCGGCGGCCAGGAAGAAGGCGGUGGUGCUGACUGCCCGCGUCCACCCAGGCGAGAGCAACAGCUCGUGGGUGAUGAAGGGCUUCUUGGACCACCUCCUGGGCGAGUCGGCUGAUGCCCACCUGCUCCGAGACACCUUCCUCUUCAAGAUCGUGCCGAUGCUGAAUCCGGACGGGGUGAUUGUGGGGAACUACCGCUGCUCCCUCUCCGGCCGGGAUCUGAACAGGCGGUACCGCAGCCUGCUGAAGGAACGCUACCCCCCAGUGUGGUAUACCCAGAAGCUCGUCAAACGGUUGGUGGAGGAGCGAGUGGUUUUAAUUUACUGCGACCUGCAUGGACACAGCCGGAAACAGAAUGUCUUUGUGUAUGGAUGCCAGGAGCAUGGCACGAUGUCGUCCUACGUGAACCAACGAGUCUUCCCUCUCAUGCUGAGCAAGAAUUGUGAUGACAAGUUCUCCUUCCCAAGCUGUAAGUUCCACAUGAAGCGGGAGAAGGAAGGGACAGGCCGUGUGAUGGCAUGGAGGAUGGGAGUGGUUAACAGUUACACACUGGAGACCACCUUCUGUGGCUCCACCUUGGGGAACAAAAGGAAUACUCACUUCAAUGUGAGAGACCUGGAGGUGAUGGGCUUCCACUUUUGUGACACUCUGCUGGACUAUUGCGAUCCCGACCAGUCAAAGUACACACAAUGCAUUAACCAGCUGAAGAACCAGAUGAAGGAAGAUAUUGCAGCCAAAAUGGGAAUUCCUGGUGCUGCUUAUGACUCUGAUGCUCCACUCAGCGACAUCUUGUCCUGCAUUGAGUCCAGCACCACAGGAUCAAACAGCUCUGAAUCAGAUGAGCCCCCUUUGAAAUUAGUUGGCAAGGAAUGUGCUAAAUUCCCCAGAAAGCAGAACGUGGUGAAGAGAAGAAAGCAACUGAAAACCAAAGGGGAGAGGGAAACCUCCUACUUGAUCCGGAAGGCAAUGGGCGCUGAGAAGCAUCACAAGGUACAGUGUUAA